CAGCGGCGGCCGGAGCUGCAGCCGCCGCCCGCCCGCCGCAGCGCCGGCGCUGCCGCCGUGCCCGCCAGGGAAGAUGGCGCCGUCCCACGUCCUCAAGUGUUGCCAGAAGGUGCUGGCCUGGGUGCCCGUGGCCUUCAUCGCCCUGGUCGUGGCCUGGUCCUACUACGCCUACGUGGUGGAGCUGUGUGUGUUUACUAUUUCUUCAACUGCCGAAAAAGUUGUCUACCUUGUAGUUUUUCAUCUGUCAUUCGUCAUGUUUGUAUGGUCCUAUGGGAAGACAAUUUUCACAUCUCCUGCAACCCCCUCUAAUGAGUUCUGCUUGUCAAAAGCUGAUAAAGAACAAUAUGAAAAAGAAGAGAGACCAGAAUCCCAGCAGGAGAUUUUAAGAAGAGCUGCCAAAGACUUGCCUAUCUAUACGACAACAGCAUCGAGAGCAAUCAGAUACUGUGAUCGAUGCCAGCUGAUCAAACCUGACCGCUGCCACCACUGUUCUGCAUGUGACGUGUGUGUAUUAAAAAUGGACCACCACUGUCCAUGGGUGAAUAAUUGUGUGGGAUUUUCUAACUACAAAUUCUUCCUCCUGUUUUUAAUGUAUUCCUUACUGUACUGUUUGUUUGUUGCUGCUACAGUCUUGCAGUACUUCAUAAAGUUUUGGACAAAUGAAUUGCCAGAUACCCAUGCAAAGUUCCACGUACUAUUCCUUUUCUUUGUGGCAGCCAUGUUCUUCAUCAGUAUACUGUCACUCUUCAGCUACCACUGCUGGCUAGUUGGCAAAAACAGAUCAACUAUAGAAACAUUCCGUGCACCCACAUUUCGAAAUGGUCCUGAUAAAAAUGGCUUUUCUCUUGGAUGCAGCAAAAAUCUAAGGGAGGUUUUUGGAGAUGAAAAGAAGUAUUGGUUACUUCCUAUCUUUACCAGUUUGGGUGAUGGAUGUAAUUUCCCAACUCGCUUGGUGAUUAUGGAUCCAGAGCAACUUACAGUCUCAAGCCAAAAUGAACCUGCCAAAAGCUCUGUAGCCAAUCAGUCCUUUCCUACUCGACCACUCAGUGAAUCACAAAAUCGGUUGCUAUCUGGUGAUUGUCAGUGGGUGGAAACUGGUCCUGAAGAGGAAAAUGUGAAAUCAGGUGCAAAAAAGCAUAUUAUAGUUUCAUUGGAAAGCUGAUCUCAGCUAAUUACUAACCAAUCAUCUCAAUGAGAAACAGGUUUCUGCAACACAUUUUGAGCUUGAAUAUUACUUAAUUUUGUUUGGAAGAAGUUGAGCAGGAAAAAAUGGAACAUGAACUUUUUAGGAAGAGACAAGAAAUUCAAGUUUCUGCACAGUACAAUGGAUUCUUGUAAGCACUAUUGCAGAGCAGGGAAGUUAAGACAGAUGCCUUAAGAUGCUUAAUGUGCAUUUAUGCAACACUGAAUUAUAUACUGCUACCAAAGGGCCAGAUCCAGAAGUGCCCUGCUUGGAUGCACAAGGUCCAGAGUGGGAACUAUGCAUUUCUUUUAUGCUGCAGUGGUGGGGGUAUAUUGCAGUGACUCUUACCUCCUCACGGGCAAACGUCAUACCUUAGGCACUGCAGAAGGCACUUCCAUAGCAGGUCUCCAGAGUACAGAAGAAAAGGAAGAAAAAAAAAAGAGUCAGCCUAGAGCAUGGUCAGCAAGUCUGAAGUGGGAAUAUACAUAGUUCAGAUGCCAGGUGAUGGGGAAGAGACUGGAUGGUGUCUUCUCCUCUCUCCCUGUUAACCAAUCUACCCCAUGAUCACAGCUCUCCAAGUCUUUUGGGACUGAGGGUACUUUCUACUAGCUGUGCUUUGGAGCAAGGUAAUGCCAACAACAUAAAAACCUUUAACUUGGGUGUUGCUUUUUUGCUAUAGGAUUGAGCUUCGUCAUAAUUUUAACUUGAUUUAUUUAACCAUACCAAGGACAGAGCUCAAAAAAGAAAACUUGUGUUUUAGUUGAAAAAAACAUGGAUUAUUUCUUUCCAAUGAUUGUCAGUCAGCAUGCAAGGAAAAGGCAGUCCAAAAAGGAAUUAACAGUUCUUACAUUUUCUGCUACUGUUUGCUGUGUUCUGUGUAAAGCAGCAACAAAAUGGUAAAGUACCCCUGAGAAAAACCAUACUGCAGUUGUGUGUUUCUAGAAAACAGAACCAGCAAAGUACUGUUUUUUCCAUGGGACUCUUGAUGGUUUAUAAAUACUGUUUUAUACUUUUGUUUUAUCUUUUUAAUAAAGGAACAAGGUUUUAUUGGUUCUAAAGUACAAAUAUCAGGUACUUAGAAGAAGGUUAGUGUUACAUCAUAGAUCUGUGUUAGCACACUGAAAAAUUGCAUCCUUUAGUCUCCCACUUUCAAGUCCAGUUUCAAUGAUGCUGAAAUUGCUAAAGACUGAUGUCUUUGUGCAGCAAUGCUUACAAAAGGUGAAAUGUGUUCCCUGUGUGAGGAUUCAAGUCCAUCCCAUUCUUAGCUCAAGACCUACAGCAAAUAACAUGGGGGUUUUUUUCCUCACUUCUCUACAGAGAAGACUGCUAACUCAUCUUUGGGUGGUAUUGGAAUUUUGCACCAGGAAAAAGUGACAAAUACUGUUUUUCUGUCUGUGAGAUUUCUGAUGUUCAGCUGCUGAUGAUUACAAAUAGACAUGAGUCCUUUUGAUACAUACUGAAGGUAGUAGUGAAAUUGAUGAUUUAGUCCAAAAGAACCUGUAUGGUUUGUCUCCCAGACUGAUUGCUACUUGAGUUAAAUAUGUUUAUGAUGGAAAUACUAAGGUAUCGAGUAUGUAAGGUUUAAAAUAAGUAUUUUUUUGUCUUUGGAUAUAAUAAAUUUUUCUUAAAUAUUAAUCUUCUGGAACAAGAACUCUUUGAGAACCUAUGAUUUCACUGUUGGAUAUUCUUGCGACAGAAGGAAUGGUCCAAACUUGCAUGUUUUAUAAAAGUUGCAGAAUGUUUCUUCAAACCUUGUAUAAGAAAUUUUGCAUUUGCUAAUUCCAAAAUUUACAAAAGCAUUUGCUACACAUUGAUCGGAAAGGUUUAGCUUUUUCUUCUCUAAAUGUUAAUUGAGAAGUGCCCAUUUUAACACAAGCUCUCAGCAGUAUUGUACCAGCAAAAUUUCUUGGGGAAGAUAACAGAGAAGAAAGACUGCAUGUUCAAAUGGCUUGUUCUGAAUACCAAAAUUUGCAGCCCCAAACACUGGUGGAACUGUCAUGGAGGGUCUGGGAUAUCAUCUGGCUUUUACUGCAUCCAUGUAUUAUUGCUGAAAUAACACGUCCAUGCACAGAUAUCAUCCAGCAGAACUAUAAGCAAAAUGUAUGUAUCCUGUAGGCCAACAUCAGGAGAACUUGUUUGAUUUGUUUAGUCAGGAUAGUGAAUCUACAGGAAAAAACUGCAAGCAAACAGACUGUGCUAUCUCCAUGUGCAUUUUCUAACAAGUGCAGCUGUUCUGAAACCACUUAUUUGUAUAUCUGAUGGACAUUUUUGUGGGUUUUCAUGAGGAACUGACAUUUCUGACAUGUUUAUGCAGAUCACAGGAAUAUUUUGUCCUAGGUUUUAAUUCAUAUUUGAGGUGAGAAAAGGAGCAGUGGUUUUAGGAUAAUCCUGAGGCCAGAGUUACUGUUGGUGUAAAAGCAGGCAUUACUGAAAGUCACUUUGACAACCAGGAAACAUAGUAAAAUGAUUGAAAGAUGAUUCUCCCACAUUUACGACCCACAAUCACUUUUGGUUUUUUCCUCCUGGGGAACUGGGGACUAAGAGAAACCCCAGGUUGAUUUAAAGGAAUUAAGUUCUCUAAGGGAAUUGUACUGCUGAACUCCAAGGGCAUGCCAGUAAGUGAAGUUAGGUUUUCCUGGCACGCCUGGGCUUUGGGGGAGGUAUCAUGGCUAAGGCAGCCAGGAUAACAUCCUCUGCCUUUGGAUUCUGUCCUGAGCACUCCCUAGGCUGUGCUGUGCCAGCAAGUCCAUGGGGGAGCAGGAUGGCUCUUUGGCUGCUGGGCUGAAGCAGCCAUGUGUCCCUGCCAGCAGAGGCAGGGGCUGAAGGAAGGGGGUACUUUUGCCCCAUGGUCAGAUCAGAAGGGGGAUGGAUCCUGAGAAAGCAAAUAUUUAGGGUGUUGGGCUGUAUUGUAAAUGCUGGUUUUGUGGUUUAGCCUAUUUUUUAUCAGGGAGUCUUGAAAAUACUUAGGUUGUCAUUAAAAAUAGCAGCCCUUAAGCUUUUAGAUCCAUUAAAGUAAUGACUACUACAAGCCAUACGUAGUAGUUAUUGUAGGAUAGUUGACAUUGGCUGCAGUUAGAAACUGCUUUCUUGUUUCUUUCUGCUUUUUUCUUUAAAAAAAAUCUACAUACACUCAAAAAAUAAUUUUAAAAAGGCUUUAAAUUCCCAGUGAGAGAACAGAAGCCUGAUGUAGGGGAGGAUUUCAUUUUUUCUGAAAUGUCUUGAAACAAACCUGUCCCUGUGAAUAUGAGGCAGGAAAAUCCACAAAUAGAAAUUACUUCAAACUGCACAAUACUGUUUUUUUUUUCUUAUUGUUACUUACUCACAGAGUGUACAAGACACACAUCAUUGCUGUGCCUACCAAAGGCGUAAUAUGGGAGGAGGGCAGGAAGAGGAAUAGGUUUCUGCCAUUAAUUGACUUCCUACAGUAUUAUUUUGAUACUGUAUUGAUACAAGUCAGAUGUGAUUAGAAACCUCCAUUUAAAAUAAUCAGAGGGUUACUUAGAGGAAGUUUGGGCACUUCUAUUUUUAGUGAAUAGAAAUCACAGUAAUAUUUUUAUUAAAGCUGCCUCUCAAGUGUGGAAUUUGCAAGUACCAAGCUAUUUUUGGUAUUCCGUUUUUACAAACUGGUCCUGUUCUCCAGAGUGCUGAAUACUCAGUUUUCAGGUACUGUUUCUUUCCUUUAGUCUUGUGUGGUUCUCUAUUAAUUAUAAAUUGUCUUUUGUGUUGGGAUGAAUUUCAGUACCAUUGACUAUGUACACAAAGACUUCAUGAUCUAACCGAAGUAUGGUCCAGUUGUGGCUAAGCAGAGCCCCAAGAGGACAAAAACUGCAGUGGUUGCAGCAGUAUUAAUGUCUGGUAGAUUUACUAAGAUGCGCUGGUUCCAACACAGAUUGACCAAAUCUGCCUGGAUCUGGAGCACCAACUGACCAGACUUUUAUUUAAAAGUUGGGUACCAGCAAAACCACAACAGCUUUGAGUUUCAUAGCAUAUGUUCUCCAAGGGGGAGAGUGUAUGUUCUGACUGGGGGAUUUGGGUGUGCAUUUAGAGAGGCUCCAAACAGCAGUUGCUUUUAGCUCACAAAUACAUCUUUUUGCAGUACCUAAAAAACAGCAAUGUGUGCAACUUCAGAGGCUCUUCUAUCCCUAAAUGGCACCAAAGAGAGCAGCUGCACAUGAAGUGAUUUAGUACUGAACACGUUUGUUACACUCAUUUCUAUUCAUUUAUUUUGUAUAUAGAGCUUUUUAUACACAUUUUUCUUAAUUAUGUAGCUGUUGUGAAACAUCAUGAAGCUAUGAGUAGUUUUUCAUGUGGAUUAAACAGGUGUUUGGUCAUUUGUUUUCUAAAGCCUUUACUUGAAUUUGUUUCCAUUAGGUAGUGAAGUCUGGUAAUGUUUACAGAUCACUUUCUUCGGUUUUGGGAGCUUUCCGUAUCUUUCUUCCUACCCCCUGCCCUAAGAAACGGAGCUUAACAGUCAAGUAGAUGUGUCAGAGAUGAAGAAUUUGUAUUACUUUGUCACCAAAGCAUUGGGAGUGACAUGCUGAUUCCCUUCCGUUUACACUGCUUAGCUGACAACUUAAAGACACUGAAGCAUGGUCCUCUGUGAUUUCUCCUGUCCCUUAUCCUGUUAUCAGCUUUAUUAUGGGAAACUUAAAUCUUCCGAAAUGGGAAUUUACAAUCAUGAAGCUAUCCCAGAGAGGGGCAGCAUUCCUGCUGUUAGGUCUGUUCCGCUUUUAACUUAGAUGAAUGAAACAUCCCUGGGUUAUCUCUGAAGUUCCUUUCGUAUUUUCCAGCAAGGGUCAUCAACAUUUGCACUAAUCACAAUGUCUCAGCUGUUUUAUUGCCACAAGGUUAUUUUUAAUUGUGCUGCCUAAACUUUGAAUGAGCUGUAUUUAAGUUUGGGAUGAUGUGUAAAAGAUACCUGUAAUAAUGAUGCACUUGUUGUAUUUUUUUGUAUGUUACAGAUAGGACUCAUCCUAUGCACAGAGAAAACGUUGCCAUUUAUAGUUUAAUACUUGAAGUAACUUUUUGAAAUGGGCUUUUAUAAAUGAAUUAAAUACAAAAUCACAUUGCUUUGCUUGGAAGUUCCUUCAUGUUUUAAUUGUAUUUGCAAUUUCCCCAUAUGUAUACUUUUCCAUAAAUUCUCUUAAGCCAUUUACAACCAAUGAAAGUGCAUUCAAGAUUUUGUACAUCAGUGUUCAGACCUGUUCAUACUUCUCUGAAGUAUAAUCUGUGUUUAAUAAAAAAGUACCAUUUUAAGCCUCUUUUCCAAAGUUAUAUGAAUAGACUUGACACUUGAAUUCAUCAGUGAAUGCAACAUCAACUUAAUAAAAGUAUGUGAAAGAAUCUGGAAAGU